AACAGGAGCGAUACCGUAGAGCAGGAACUGGUUCGUUCGCCUCGCCGGUGCUGCUGCUGCUACUGCAACACCUACAACCGACGGAGGAGAACGGGCUGACUGACAGGGUUCCCGACUAAUUUUGGUGGAAUAACGCUGUACUGAGCUGCUUUUACACAUUUUUACAGGCUUUAAUAGUUGGAGAGAAGAGCCUCUUCGCCAAUGGCAAGUCCGGUUGCAGACAUAGAACCGUCUCAUCAGCAUCACCCUGUGACCGAGUCGGCCGCAGACUCCGCAUUUCAGGAGGCGCAGAAAUGGAUAGAGGCUGUGACAGGAAGAUGCUUUGGUGACAAGGAUUUCAGAGGAGGUUUAGAGAAUGGGAUACUGCUAUGCGAGUUGCUGAGCUCUAUUAAACCCGGCCUGGUGAAGAAAAUUAACAGACUUCCAACACCCAUAGCUGGCCUGGACAACCUCAGUGUGUUUCUGCGCGGCUGUGAAGAGUUGGGACUGAAAGGCUCCCAGCUGUUUGACCCUGGAGACCUGCAGGACACGUCCACUCGCCCUACCGCUAAGGGAAGUGACUGCAGCCGAAAGCUCAAGAAUGUUCUAAUUACCAUCUACUGGUUGGGUCGUGCUGCCAACGGCUGUACCUCCUACAACGGGCCCACACUGGACCUGAAAGAGUUUGAGGGCCUGCUGUCACAGAUGCGAAAGGAGGCAGAGGAGGCAGAGAGCCCUAAACGCAGCAUUCGGGACAGUGGCUACAUUGACUGCUGGGACUCUGAGCGCAGUGACUCUCUCUCCCCGCCACGCCACGGCCGUGAGGACUCGUUCGACAGUCUGGACUCCUUCGGUUCACGCUCACGACAGACCCCGUCGCCGGACAUCCUGGUCGCCCGUGGCAGCAGCGAUGGCCGCGGCAGUGACUCAGAGUCCGACGGUCCCCCCCACAGGAAGAUGCCAGAUGUCCGUAAGGAUGACAUGUCCGCACGGCGGACGUCAGUCAGCGAGCCACGUACCGCGAUGCCCUUCAACCAGUACCUGCCCAACAAGACCAACCAGAGUGGAUAUUUGCCCACGCCACUCCGCAAGAAGAAGAAUGAUAAAGAAGAUGGAGGACGCAAGAGUUGGAGUACUGCCACUUCCCCUAUAGGUGGAGACAGACCUUUCAGUACUCCUGCUCGCUCGUGCUCAGAGGAACUCUUCCACGGUUCGACAACUCUAGCCGCAAACGCUAUGGCAUCUCCCUUAGUUGCAACAAGCCACGUCAUCUCAUCUGGGAAACAUCCACCUGUGGCAGAGCAGGAGGAGACAACCGUGAGGAAGGGAGUCGGCGGUGCCCUGUUAGUUACAGAUGCAGAGCGAGAUGAGAAGCGGACCCGCCAAACGUCUCCCAAACAUGUCACCACACAUAGUCCCUCCCACUUCCUUCCAGCAUCCACUGCCAUGGCAACUGCUACAACAGCAAAAACCGAUACAGGCCGACGGAAGGGAAGGGCACGGAGUGAAAGUGAGGACCCACAAGGAGGGACAUCUUGGUUGGACAGCAAUCUUCCAUCAAUAUUCAGCCGCACUCAUAGUGUGUCAGAUGACUCACAGAGUAUGAGUAUGAUUGACAUGCGAGGUGAGGAAGAUGCCAUCUUGCAGCCCCACAGUCAGGUGCGUCAUGAACUGAUGCACAACCAGUACAACAAGAUGAAGGAAGAGGAUGAUCACUGGCAGGAUGACCUGGCCCGAUGGAAAAAUCGGAGGAGGAGUAUUUCCCAGGACCUAAUCAAGAAGGAGGAGGAGAGGAAGAUGAUGGAGCGGUUGAUGUCAGGAGGCACCUGUCCCUCAGAGAGGAGGAGAAGCAUCAAGACUUACAGAGAGAUAGUGGAAGAGAAGGAGCGCCGUGAGGAGGAGCUGCGGGAUGCAUACAGGAGAGCCAGAACCCCAGAGGAGGCAUCCUCUAUCCUCCAACGUUACGCCCAGCGUUUCUCCAUAAGUGAAACAGUCCUGGAACGCCUACAGCUACCAAAGAUCCUGGACCGCAGCAUAUCUGCUGAUCCCUCCUUUCCCUGCUCACCCUUCCCUCUCUCCCUUUCCCUGUCCGCCUCCCCAACAACCCCAGACCCCUUUGACAUGGACCCCAACGGGCCCAUGAGGUAUCUGCGCCAGCAGUCCGCCCCAGCCCCGAAGUUUACGUCUACAUUGGAGGCGCGAAUUGAGGAGCUUCCCAAAGACUCCUCACACCAGCGACCUCAGAUUCGCUCUCGCUCAUCUGAGCCUCCAUCUACGCGAGGCCUGUCGCCCAAACCGGUGCCUUUGCUGACGCCCAAGCCUUACUUCCAGUCACGACCUACAGCUGCUGAACCAUGGCCCAGCAAGGCGGAUGGUUUGCUCCGAGUCAAUGGUGACAUAGGGAGCGUCGACGUUCCCACCACGCCUGAGACUCAAGGAAGGGAAUCUCCUCCUCAUUUCCAGGCAUCUCCUUCCCAAACCAGCAACAGCACUGUAGAUGCUCCCUCGUCUGCAGCCUCACCAACACACGCCUCAACCAGAGGAAAAAUCCCAGUGUCAACAAAGACCAAGGAGGCACAAGGUGGCACAGAAUCACCUUCUAAGGAUGUCAAAGAAGAGAAGAUCAUUGAGCAUUCUACACCACCCAGCCGGCCCACCUCGCUUCCAUCGGAGCUCCAGAAGCCAGAAGAAAGCUUUGGGAAGACUGAAAACAAGUCAGUAGCUUCUCCAGAGGAAGAGAAAUCAAAUGCUGCAGCUCAACAAACGCCACCUGCAGAAGCCAAACAAGAAAAAACUGAACUAUCUGGUCAAAACAUCUCCAGCCUUGUCCAGUCAGGGGUAAGCACACAGCAGAGUCAGGCUGUAACUUUACAGGCAAGUAUUCCCAGUUCUCAGGAGCCAUCACAGAUAGGAGAUAAUGUACCAAGCUUAGCUGCACCAGGAACAUCUGGAUGUCACACAUCAAAGGAAACAACAGCAGAGUUUGCAAACAGUGUCAGGUCUCCGCUGGCAACCAGCAACCCUAAGUUACGCUGGGACUUCUUCGCUCCGCCAGAGGAGACGGAGAAGGAUUGCCGUGGAAAGGAGAAGUACCGGCGCGAGCAGGAGAAGCUGAAGGAAGAGUGGGAGAAAGCGCAGAGGGAGGUGGCAGAGGAGGAGAAGAAGUACCACGAGGAGGAGCGUAGGAUACUGGAGGAAACUGUGACGCCUCUGACUCCCCGCUCCUCAGCCCUGCCCUCCCCCAGCCGAGGCGAGCUCUCCUCCACUUCGGAGCCCCAGGACACCAUCGUUCGUUCGCUGGCUGACUGGGAACGCAAGCAGGAACUGCUGGAGAGGCAGUCGGCACAGAGGGCCAGCACAGAGAGUGUGGAAUGGAAACGGAGAGAAAACGACAGGACCAGUGACAUCAGCACAGCUGAUGACAGCAUGAAAACAGGCAAAAGCUUGGUGAGUCAGAGCAGCAGUCAGACAGAGACACCCGGUCAAAGUCUGCAGAAUGGCCAAAAACCUCCCCUAAUGCCGACCAAAACCUCGACUCCAGUGAAGAAACAAGAGCCUACAGCAGACAGCAACAAGCCCAGCCGGCCUGCAGGAGACAGGAGGAGUGGUCUAAUUGAUAAUAACGUGGGCCGCAGCUCAUCAAACCCCCCCACAGCAUGUCCACCACCUCCAGACACACUGCCUCCAGCACCCAACAGGUCUGUCAGCGGGAAGAAGCUGUGCUCCAGCUGUGGGCAGCCGUUAGGAAAGGGGGCGGCCAUGAUCAUAGAGACCCUCAGUCUCUACUUCCACAUUCAAUGCUUUAAGUGUGGGGUGUGUAAGGGACAGUUAGGCGACACGACCACGGGGACAGACGUCCGGAUCAGAAAUGGCCUCCUCAACUGCCACCAGUGCUACAUCCGCUCCCGCUCGGCUGGACAGCCAACCACGUUGUGAUGCUCAACAGAAAAGCACAAGGUUCAUGGAAGAAACCCCGUCCCUGUUUUAACCCAGUUAUCUGCAAAUCAUGUCCUUCACAGUGUGUCGGGAUCUUUGCAUCCGCUGCCGUUCAAUAACAAAUGAAGAUUCAUCAUGGGGGCCAAACAGGGAUCUGGGGGACAGUCAAACAUUUAAAAUAUAUAUAUAUAUAUAUAUAUAUAUUCUUCAUGUGUAUGUCAUUUGAUAUGUGGGUGAAAUCUGGAUUUGAUUGGUUCACGUACCACCACAGACUCUGUUUCAUCAUGCAGCAAGAGAGACUGUUCUGGGGUGGCGGCCAUGUUGAAAAGAAAACACAAUAACAUUUACAGACGCUUCAAACUGGUUGGAAAAAAUGUGAAUAUUUACCAUUAAAUUCCAUAUAAUGGAAAUGCAGUAUAUUACAUAGUUAAUGAAUCUUUUUUUUUAUCAUUUAAGAAAGGUUUUCUUAAUUUGGAGUGAUACAAUGCAAAAACUGGAGAGAAAACUGAAUAUGUGGUCGGCAGCUCAGAUUGGAUUUUGUAAUUUCUCUUAACAGGCUGGAUCUGAAAAGCAUUAAUAAUUUUAUGCCCCUUUAAUGAAGUACUAGAUAAAAACAAAAGAUAAACAUCAUUUAGAUAUUGCUAUAAAAGUCAUUAUAAACUAUUUAGAUCCACAGACACUAUAUAUACAGUAAAUCAGUUUUUUUUUUAUCAUUUGGCCUGUACUAUGUCUCUUCUUCUGUUCUCCUGAAUAAUAUUAGCUUAUAAUAUAAACACAUAUUAUAGAUGUAGUUUCAUCAUUAGGGCAAUAACACGACAUGUGAGCUGUUUGUGUGCGUUUGAGUCACAGCAGGUUGCUCCUCGGCCAGCCUGUCCGCUUGGAAAGUCAGGACUUCAAUGUGCCUUAGGAAAGCAAGGUGAUGCAGGAAAAUAAACACCAGCUAUAUGGUGUUUAAGUUCUCUUUUUUUGUUUUGUUUUGGGGUGUAGGGAGGGAGUUUGGCCAAAUUUGAACCCUUAUACUGCAGACAGACAGGCUGCAGCCCUCCCUCAAAUCACACUUCACUUCAGUUGAAGUACUGUUUAUUUUACAUAAACAACACCCUUAAUUUCAUAUUCCCCCAUGUGAUUCCUCAGUGAUUUGCAGUGAUAAAAAAACAGAGGAAUACAUUUGUUUACUGUUUGGAAAAAUACAGCAUAUAUACUGCAGGGGAAAUGGGGAAACCAUUGAUUUAAUUUUGAAUGUUUUAUUCUAGAGCGAUAUAGACUUCUGUAUGCUAUUAAUUGAGGUUUUGAUAAUUGCUCAGUGGUAGGAUUCAUUUAUAAAAUAAAAUAAAUAUAAAAACACAAAAAUCACCAGUACAUGUUACAGCUAGUUAAACAGCAGAGAUAAUAUGAACACACAUACCAGCAGCAGUUGCAUCUGUGCAAUAUUUGGUUGGAUGAAAACUAAAGAUCUGUGCCGCCAGCUGGACAUUUUUAGUCACUUGCUUCUUUCUUUCUUUUUUGCACUUGUAUGAGAAGAGCUCGGUAAUGUAUUGUGGAUAUAAAAAAUGCACGUUUAAGCCUAAAACCAAAUGAUUUGCUGUAUGAAAGCAAACUAGCAGCCUCCUCCUCCUGAACUGCGUCCUAUAGCCAAGCUUCUCUUCCAGGUUCAUCUCACUGAUCUACAGUAUUUUUAAGCUUCUGUUCUGAUUGUGUAUUUCAUUUUUUAUCCCAACGUAGUUAAUGAAUAAAUCUCGGCUGAGUCUCUAAUAGUGGGAUCUUUGAGAAGGAGCUCUAUAUUCAGACAGUCUUCUUAACAGGAUAGUUGGGGAAUGAAACCUUUUCGUCUGUUCUGUAUUUAUUGUAAUAUUCACAUGAACACUAUCCGAAAUAUAGAUUAAUUUGAUGUUUAAAUGCAAUGGCAUUUAUAUCAUACUGUAUGUUUAUAAAUAAAAUGUUAUAAAUUAAAA